AUGAGAUUUUUAUACGUUUUAUUACUUACCGUUUUUGCUACACAUACUGUAGUUGCUCACCCCGAACCGUUCCUUUUCGAUGCAUUGGGAAGAGCAACUCAAUCAUUUGGUGAUCUUGUAAAUGGUGUUUUUAGAACUGGUGAGGAUAUAGUCAGAGGUGGCAUUGAUACAGCUUCUGGUAUCGUAAGGGGUGGCAUUGAUUUUGGAGCAUCAGUUGCUACUGGAGUAACAGAUACAAUUACUGGUAGUAUAGUUCAAGGUGCUAAUUCGUUAAACGAUAUCACUAGAAGAGUACGUGAUUCUGUUGAUAAUUCUGUAACCGGUGUUAGAGAUAGUCUUAUUACACGUACUGCUGGAUCAUUUAAAUCUCAAGUUGAAAAAUUGCAAAACCAAGCUUCAAAUAUUUUAGAAACUGCUGAACAAAAAUUACGUUCGGUACAACAAAAAGCCAAUGAAUCUUUGUCGACUGCUGAAAAAAACAUUGAUAAGUGGUCAUUAGAACAAGAAAAGAAAGCUUCUAAUUCAAAACCUGAAACAAUUUCUGAAAUAAAAAAUAUUCUUAAAGAUUUUAAAGAAAAAUCUCUUGAAAAGGCACAACAAUGUGCUGAUAAUAUUACAAACCCUGUUAAAGAUACGAUUUCUGAAAUUCAAAAUACCGUUGAGGUAACAUUCCCAAUCAUUGAUGAAGUAACAGCUAAAAUUCGAGAAUGCAGCUCAAUUAAUUACAGAGAAAGAAGAAAAUUAUUAUUAUGUACAAAUGAAGUUCAAGAAAUUGCAAGUACCUUAACUGAUUUUCCAAGAAAAUAUAAUAAUUUAUUGAGACAAGUGUCAAGGAUUUCAUUAACAUCUUUAUCAAGAUCCCCAUGCAUUACUGAUACUCGCAUUGAAGUGUUAGUAGAAAAAAGAAGGACCGAGGAUAAAAUUAACGAGCUUAUAAAGAAAGAUGAAGAGGAUAAAACAUCAGAAUCUACCACUCCAAGCAACAACAAACAGGAAAAUAAUACGACUGAAGCUACUACAAAUUCUACUAAGGAAACUAAUAAUAAUCAAAACGAUAAAAUUGACCAAAACAAUAGUACUGUACUUGAGCCAACUAACAAUGGUACUAAAAGUGCUGACUUUGAUGGAAGUGAUUUCAAGAACGGCACCAUAAUUGAUCCAACUAAUAAUAGCACCAAUUCCCAAGACAACAAUCAAACUGAACCAAAUCCAAAUAAUGGUACUAAUCCUGAUUCAGCUAAUAAUAGCACCAAUUCCCAAGACAAUAAGCAAACUGAACCAAAUCCAAAUAAUGGUACUAAUCUUGAUUCCGCUAAUAAUAGCACCAAUACCCAAGACAAUAAGCAAGCUGAACCCAAUUCAAAUAAUGGUACUAACCUUGAUUCAGCUAAUAAUAGCACAAAUGUUGAAGAUAAUUCACAAACUAACAAUAGCACAAGCGUUCCAAAUAGCGAAAUUGCACAACAGAAUAAUAACACCAAUGACACGCGAACUGAUGAUACAGAUCCAAACUCAGGAAAAGUUAAUUCUUAAACCUAUAAAUUCAAUCCAGCUUUAUUAACGCUCGAUAUCGAUUUAAAAUUGGUGCAAAAACACUUUAAAUAUCAACUUAAAGUUAAAACAAUAAACAAUAUAAUAUUUUCUGUUGUUAAAUAAAGUAAUCGAAUACCUUACAAAAUUAGUUGUACAGUGUUAAAAAAUAGAAAUUGAUAAAAAGCA